AUGCACCCUGAUGCGAUUCACGCGUGGAUCCAGACCAUUGUGUUCGCGAGCCCGUCCCACGAUCUUGCUUUCACAGCCGAUGAGCAGAGCCGAAUCCCUGCCGACAUCGACGACGCGUCGCUGAACAAAGCAAGGUCGAGAUCCAUCAUAUACUCUAUAUCGAGUCCGUCAAAGCGCCAACAACUUGGAGAUGUUCCUGGCGGCGUCGCCACCGAUCCCGAGACGACGCCUUGGCGACCACGACGAGCGAACACAGUCCAUGCUACCGACGAGAGCCCAGCAUCCUCUUUCGCUCAUGGCGAAAUGCCUCCGUGGCAAUCUGGUUCUUGUGGCCCCCCUUCGAUGGCGCAGACGUCUGUUUUCACGGGCGUCCUUGCCCCGCCCCAUGUCGCAACGCUGACGAUGGACCAGCGACACCAAUCGACUGGGUCGUCAGCAUCUUCAGUCCAACGACCAGGCAGCAAGUCACCGUCAAAGCAGCACAGGAGGGUGGCUGACUUGAUGACCCUUGAUCGGCCCGUGCGGUUUAAAAUGGAGAUGAACAUGAGAGACGCGCUUUCAUCCGAUGCCCAGGGUCUCUAUAAUGCACUAGUCAGGGCAGAACGCGGUGAGGGGAUCCUGCCGCCGACUCUUACCGAUAUCCCGGGCAUGGAUCCCAUGGAUAUUAGCCCAUACAUGUGGCAGCAAGCGAUUGCCGGAACAGAUGCCCAGUCCUCCGACAGCUCUGUCGCUGAUAAGCAUCGUCGUAUCCUCGAUAUUGUCAAGGUCUCCCAUAAGUCAUCCGAGUUGCACCGUUCCGAGGCGUCCUGGAAUACAAUGGUCCAUUAUCCUCUCCUCUAUGAACUCACGUCGUCGUCCUCCGUGAGAGUUGAGCCGAUAAUGUCGGCCCAAAUCGUCCCGGCCUUCCGUCCCUCCUUCUAUAAUCAGUCUUAUGACGAGGUCUCAUCGCCGAGCACAGGCUUCAGCUUCUCCAACACGGAUAGCAUAUCUAGUUACGAGUCCAACGCUUCGCCGUCUCGUAUGAAUGCGACCAAGUCAGUCCAUAAGAUGGUUGACUUUGCGCUCACCCUGACCCCCGACAAGGAUCUCGAGGCCCUCAUCGAAACGUUCACCAAGUCCUCCCCCACAGCGACGAUCAACCAAACAGCAUACUAUCCUCUCAAAUCUCGCCCAGCGCCAGUAUUCAUCGGAACAAAAACCUCCGCCGGCAAUGUCGAAGCGGCAAACAUCCAGCUGGGCGUCUGGACAGCGGCCUGGCAUGCGAGUCUGCGCAGCCUCAUGAGACUUGGGGGCGGCGUGGAGCGAAUCAUCACCCUUCCCAUUAUCCAGGUGAUCAACGGAACCUGGACUCUUAUGUUUGCGGUAGAUGCGCAGACUGAAAUUCAUAUUCUUGACCGAGACUUUCGAAUCGGCAACAGCAGCACUGUUUUUGGCAUGUACCAACUUCAGGCUGCUCUCUCUGCCAUCAUAGUUUGGAUGGAGGGUGAGUUCAAAGGGUGGAUCACAAGAGUUCUUCAAAGAGCGUUGAGCUAG